AUGUCGCUACCUCCAAGUCAACAGGAGAUCCUGGAAGGUGCAGGGCAAUUGAGUAUUGCUACGUUUGUUUCGACUUUAGCUUUUACCAGUGGGACAGCUCUGGGGUUCUAUUGCGCUUUCUUUUUUCUCCGAAGCCGUGCGCCGCUGGUUUAUUCCCCACGAUCAGCCGUCGUCCCGGAAGAAAAGCGAGCCCCACAAAGUUCGGGCUAUACUCUCCUAAAAUCAUGUCUAUGGGUGCCCGAAGAGGAGCUCAUCCGACAGUGCGGCCAGGACGCCUUCGCGGUGAUCUACUACAUGCGGCAGAUGCUGAUCUUUUUUGCAACGCUCGGAGGUGUUGCUAUCGUUACCCUGUUUCCAUUGCAUCAAACGGGGGGGCAGAAUUUGUUGGGACUGGACUCGUUGACUUUGGCAAACAUUGGGCCUGCCGAGACCAAGAGGCUUUGGGCUCAUCUGUUGAUCAGCUGGAUAUAUGGUGUCUCUUGUAUGAGAGUCAUAAGGAGACUACUUCAAAAGGCGACUUCGCUGCGUCACUCUUUCCUUCUGAGUGAGGAGAAUCGGAGGUCGCUAGAUGGAUACACCCUUCUCAUUCGUGAUAUACCAAAGCAUCUCCGUGACCCACAUAAGCUGUUCAUUCUUAUGGACCGCAUCCAGCCAGGCUGCGUCGAAGAUGUCGUAGUGAGCACACCCAGCCGGCGACUGGAUCGGUACGCAUCUCAGAAGAUAUCCGUCCGCAACGCAAUAGAGAGCGAAAUCACCGCAUAUUUGAGAAAUGCGGCGUAUCGCAAACCUGCGAAGAGGAGAAGGAGUGUUUCGCCUGUGGGAUCCCGGUUGAGAUUUAAGAAGGCGACGAGGGAGAUGGAAGAGGUUGAUAAUAGUGGAGAUCUACGAGGGCGAACGCAGUUCACCUUGCCACACCCAGCGACAUCCUCGUCCAUGAACUUCCAUGGAAAAAGAGAGGACACGACACAUUCGCCAAGCGGGGAAAUCGGGGCGGGCACGGCACGAAGGGAUUUCUCCGCCGAUACAAAUCAUGGAAUGGACGUAGAUCCUUCAGAUAAGGGUCAUCUUGAAUUGCCCAACGUCGAAAUCGACGUGGAGGAUGGGCAACAUCAUUUUGUGGAUCACGUUCUUUCAGGAAACUUCCAAACGUCAGCACACAUCCCCAUGUCCCACGACACAAUGGCGGGAGACGGCGGUUCCCAAGACAACGUCGGCCCAUCCACCUCAUCCCUCAACCUCCCCGAACCCACCCCACUAGCUCCUAAAACCGCCAAACGCCCCAUCCACCGCUCCUAUUACUUCGUCGGCCACCAAUCUGACGCGAUCGCAGACAAUCUCAUCCAACUCCGUAAAUUGAUUGAGAAGACCGAACGCAAGCGCACCAAAAUCGUGUCAAACCCCACUCGGCAACAAGGUGCAGCGUUCAUUGUUUUCAAAGACAUUUUCUCCCCGCAUGUAGCGGCCCUAGUCAAUCUGGACCCGCGGCCGAGCUUGAUGGCGGAUCGCCAGACGUGUGUGAACCCCGACGAUAUCAUUUGGGAGAAUUUGGAUAUGGAGUAUGGAAUGAGGAAGGCGAGGACGAUGGUUGCUACGGCUUGUAUUGUCGGCCUGACUUUGGCUUGGGCAUCGAUGAUGACGGUGAUUUCGUCAUUUGCGACACUGGAUCGUGCUAUUCAGUACCUGCCUUUCCUGAAGGUCUUCGACGACCUCGAUCCGGCAACCAGGGGCGUUGUACAGGGAAUACUGCCAACUUUGGCUGUAUCGCUUCUGUUUAUGCUCGUCCCUUUCAUUGUGCGAAGACUGUCACACUUUGCAGGCCAUCCUACGCAGUCCAGUAUAGAGCGCACCCUCCUUACGUUCUAUCACGGCUUUCUGGUCUUCAACAUCCUUCUCGUAAUCACAAUCUCCGGCUCACUCGUCACAGCCCUCAAGAACAUCAUCGACAACCCUCAGCGGAUCCUCAGCAUCCUCGCCACAUCCAUACCCACCGUCUCUAACUUUUAUGUGAAUUACGUGAUGUUGCUCGCGCUCAACGGUCCCGCCGGAGAAGUUCUACAGCUUUCAAAUUUGUUACUCAAGCCGAUCAUGUUGAGGCUGUUUGGCAGUACGCCGAGGAGCAUUUUAGGGUAUUCGAGGCCGGGGUUCUUUUUGCCUGGGACGACACUGGCGAGCCAUUCAUUGAUUGCAACAAUAGGCUUGACAUAUUGCACAGUCGCGCCCCUCAUUGUCGUUUUCGUUGUUCUGUACUUUGGGCUCUAUCAAGUUGCUUAUUCGUACCAAAUGCGUUAUGUAUACCAACAUUUGGCUCAGACCGGCGGGCUGUACCUGAACACUCUUGCCCGACAACUCUUCGUCGGCCUUUACAUCCAUCAACUAGUCCUGAUCGGACUUUUCCUGCUCAAGAAAGCCUACCCGCAAGCCCUAAUCAUGCUAAUAAUGCUGAAUGUUACCUUUCUCUACCACAAGCACACACGGCUAUACACAACACUGAUGAUGGCCGUGCCCGCCCGCGCCGUUGUCCAGAUGGAAGCUAAGCUCGGCGCCACCGCAUCUAGCCGGUCGAGAACCGCAACGGCUACGACGACAGAUCAUAGCGACGCUGACGCUGCGAGACGAAUGAGUGGAUGGGAUAAGGAGUCUAGUUCUGAUAUUUUGGAUGCGGCGCAGGCCAUUCUGAUGGAGAAGAGUCGACCGAUCUGGGAUAAGACCGUUGCGCUCGUCGGUGGAAUUCCGACACUGAUACCGACGUUGGGGAGAAACAACCCGAAAGACCACGCAGAUGCAGCGGACGUGGAGGCGGGGACGAAAGUACCUACUGAUGUUGUGAAAACCCCACGCGCUCCCCCUGCAGAUAUGUUUGAGCCACGGGAAGAAGCACAUCCGCCAGGGAAGGAAGUAGCCUCAGAUAUCCCACAAGCAAGCGCAUCAGGGCAUCCAGGCCACGACUUCGAUGAUUCCGACUCCGACGACGAAGAUUCCACCGCCGACUCCAACGACCCUGUGGGCUCCCACGCCGAGAUGCCAGCAGCCAACAUCAAACGCAAAUACCUCGGCCCUGCCGACUAUCGCGAACGGCUUUCACCUCCUUCUGCACGCUUGGCGCCGUGUAUGAUCUGGGUGCCUCAUGACAUGUAUGAAAUUGCCAAUACCGCGAUCGCUGCCGAAAUCAAUGAAGCUCUGGGCAGCAAAGUACGGUUUGUAUGCGACUGGGCAAAGUUGGACAGCAAGGGACAUAUCGUUGUGGAUUUGGAGCUAGCCUGUGAUCAUAUUAGGGUUGAGACUUGA